GUUGCAGUUAUGGACGGAGUCAUCAAUAUGGGAAUAUAUCCUUGGUGUCCACAGGCCUUCCCUGACUUACACCUGAUGCACAACACCUGGCAACACCUGUGUCUGGUGGCUGAUGGCAGGAACAUGCUGUUGCACUUGGACAACGAGACCAACAGUAAAGUGAUGACAAUGUCUGAAUGUAAUGUUGAUACAAAAUUCACUGACAGCGUCACUGUUCUGGUGGGCACUGACUCGGGUAAAUUCGCUUACUCAGGAGAAGUGACUGGUGUGAGAUAUUAUGACAGACAACUCACAACUUCUGAAGUUCAAGAAUUACUAAACUGUGAAAGUUCAGCAGAGAACCAUAUCCAAAUAAAAGAGGUCUUCACAACUGGAAAUGUGUCCAUUUAUAGGCUCGGUGGGCAGGACAAGUUGUGUCUGCCGGAGGAUAAGGAAUUCAUGGCAGUGUUCACUAUUUGUAGUGACCAUCCUACAGCCGAGAGUCUGUGCACAAAAUUAGGUAGUCGUCUCAUCGGAAAGGAUGACGACUUUGGUAAGCUUGCCAAAGAGGCUGUUUUGUCGCUGGACGUGCCAAACGACGACUUGUAUCUGUGGACUGACAUAGCUGACAAAGAGCAAGGUUCAGUGUUGUCUAUCAACCGAGACACCGGCAACCAUCUCUUGGUCAACUAUACCUCUGAAACAGUGCUCCACGUCACUGCCUGCAUGAUGCCACUCAAGAAGACUGCCUACAUGAAAGACCACAACACUCAGAAAAUGACUCUGUUAAAGUACAACAGGAGACUGGUGCUUCUGUCAGAGCACGGCGAGAUCGUCCGCAGGGAACCGUGUCCCGACAGCAAAGACGAUGAGGGCUUCAGCAGGUGUCUCGCCAAGAGAUUUUUUGGAAUGCAGGAGGAAUAUACUCGUCUGGAUUACGGAGAAGACAUGUUUGGCCGCCACACCUGGAAUGAGGAGAACACAGAUAAAUAUAGGAAUCUCAGUAUCUCAUUUUGUGAGAAGGACAAAUUCAGUUGCAAUGACGGCAGCUGCAUUCCCCUUCAAGAACGCUGCGACGGAAUACGUCACUGCAAGGACAAUUCUGACGAAGGUGAGCUCUGCACACUGGUAAGGCCCCUGCCACCUUCUUACGUGAAGACCUAUUGCCCAAAGUCUACACCAGUUGUUGGACUAAGAAUCAACGUGAUAAAAGUCAAUUCAGUUCUGCUUGACAUGAACGAGUUUAAGAUCACCAUAAACGUGGUACUCCAGUGGCGCGACGAUAGACUCACAUUCCAACACCUGCUCAAGGAACCCAAGAUCCUGCAAUCACAUGAAUACAAAGGCAUCUGGACACCACACCUCUUCUUCCCAAAUGCCAUCCAUGAGGACAACGUGGCCGUGUCUACCAAGACUUCAGUGUUGAAUGAUUUCACUGUGAAGGUCAAGGGAAAAGGUUACCCUGAAAUAUAUGACAGCUAUGAGGGUGAGUGUCUUUUGUUACUUUUUGUUCUUCUCAACAUCAGAAACAAAGUGAAAUUGAUGGUGUUCAAUGGAUCUGAUGUGGAGAUCAACAACAAAAUCCAGUACCAGUUCACAUUCUCCUGCACCUUCGACUUUGUUUUCUUUCCGUUUGACAUCCAGCAGUGUUGGAUGAAGGUGUGUCUCAGAAAAACAUACGCGUGCUGUCCUCGCUGGGACACAAGUGAGGGCGGAGUGAAAGUGACAGGCAACGAAUCCACACUCUCCAUGUACAACAUCUCCAAAGCACGGUAUGAUAUCUCAGGUGAAGGGAGGUGCAUGACUGUCCAUCUGCUCUUCACUCGGAAGUUUGAAUCGUACGUCAUGACAACCUUCUUCCCGUGCAUCAUCCUGUGUUUCCUGGCGCAUGCAACGCUCACGCACUUCAGGAUUGAGAACUUCAAUGACCGGAUCAUGGUGACGCUCUCCCUGCUCAUCGUCCUUGCCUCACUCUUCUCGCAGCUCUCCUCCACCCUCCCCAACUCUCCUUCUGCUAAACUGAUCGACUACUUCUUCCUUUACUGCAUCGGGAGGGUUAGUCUCAUCUUCCUCCUUCACACUUUCAUCGAGGUGAGUCGCAGAUCCACAGCAGACACUGAGGAGGAGCCCACGUCUGUCAUCAAAGGGCUCGAUCCCACCCUUGGCAUCAAGAUGAAGCUAGCCUGGGUAUCUGGGGAGAAUGUGACCACCAAGGAGCCACCCAAGCGAAGAAUUAACAUACCACGGACCCUCAGCUAUGUUGGCGCUGUGGCAGUUUUGGUGAUGGAUGUGGUGAUGGCUGUAUUCUUUCUCUUCAAGACUAUCGAUGACCACAAUAAAAAGAGCAAUCACUUCCACGCAUUGAACGUCACGGAAUGAGACUCAAGUGCGCUCAGAGAACAGGUGGCUAUCCCCGGUCAUUCUACUCCUCAUGAAUCCAGUAUAGUAGUAGUAGUAGUAGUAGUAGUAGUAGUAGUAGUAGUAGUAGUAGUGACGUCUGAGGAGUUUGUCAGCCUUAGUAAGUGUCUGUCUCACGUCCCACAAAGUUAUCUAGUACAUGGAAUCACAAUGCGAAUAGAAGAUACGAGAGUAGAAGAUUAACAGGAAGAAGUAGAAGAAUUAGAGGAGGCGGAGGAGGAAGAAGAUGAGGACGUCGUGAAGGGGAAGAUAAAGAAGUGCAAAAGAAAGGAUGAUGAAAAUGAAUACAAAGAUCAACUAUAACAACAACAACAACAACAACAACAACAACAACAACAACAACAACAACAACAACAGCAACAACAACAGUAACAACAACACUAUUUUUCGCGAUCUUUUUCCUCCGUAUUAAGAAAGGAGGGAAAGUACAAGAUAUGGGAGCAGGAGGAAG